AUGAAAGAAGCUCAAGGCUCAACUCGCCAUCUCUGCAAGCUUGUGGAGGAAUUGCUGCAAAGCAACCAGGAUCUGGCCAAUCGUAUCAGAGGCCUUGAGCGAGAGGGCUCUAUCAUUGCAGAAUCUAGGAUGGACAAUGUCUCUACUCUUCGACAGACACGAGGAUCAAUGUCUCUUUCCUUCAUCGAUACCCAGGCAUCCGCCAUCGAAUUCACAUUCGAUCACGAUCUCCAGGCAUCUCGAGUGUACAACCGCGCCAUAGGUCGACAAUCUAUGUCGUCUCUCACAAGCACUGCCUUGUACACGACUGCGCUGUCUCUUUUCUCUAACCUGAGUCUAUCUCAAGUGUCCAACAUCUCUCUCUACGCCUUGCCUGUUUACUCUAAUGAUCUGAGUAACAGUGAGUGCUAUAUCUUUGGCAAGGAAGGCACUCUGGUAAAGUCUGAUAGCUCUCAGGCUCCGAAACCUUCCCCCUCACAGCAAAGGGCACAAGAUAUGCCAGAUAAUAUCUUUCCGCCACUAAACAAAGCUCAGAUACCUUCACGGCUACUAGGACGCUUUGCGAGAAGACGUAAGACUCCACUGGUGAGCGCACCAGAGAAUCCUUACCAUGUUACUCAUGUUGGAUAUGACGACUCGACAGAGCAGUUUACUGUAGGUUAG